AUGGGGGAGAAGCUGGAGCUGAGGCUCAAGUCGCCCGUGGGGGCCGAGCCCGCCGUCUACCCGUGGCCGCUGCCGGUCUACGACAAACACCACGAUGCUGCUCAUGAAAUCAUCGAGACCAUCAGAUGGGUCUGUGAAGAAAUCCCGGAUCUCAAGCUUGCUAUGGAGAAUUACGUUUUAAUUGACUACGAUACCAAAAGCUUUGAGAGUAUGCAGAGGCUCUGUGACAAGUACAACCGGGCCAUCGACAGCAUCCACCAGCUGUGGAAGGGCACCACACAGCCCAUGAAGCUGAACACACGGCCGUCCACGGGGCUCCUGCGGCACAUCCUGCAGCAGGUCUACAACCACUCAGUGACCGACCCUGAGAAGCUCAACAACUAUGAGCCCUUCUCCCCAGAGGUGUAUGGGGAGACCUCCUUCGACCUGGUCGCCCAGAUGAUCGAUGAGAUCAAGAUGACCGAAGAUGACCUGUUCGUGGACCUGGGCAGUGGGGUGGGCCAGGUCGUGCUGCAGGUUGCUGCGGCCACCAACUGCAAACAUCACUAUGGUGUAGAGAAAGCUGACAUCCCAGCCAAGUACGCGGAGACCAUGGACCGAGAGUUCAGGAAGUGGAUGAAAUGGUAUGGAAAAAAGCAUGCAGAAUACACACUGGAGAGGGGGGACUUCCUCUCGGAGGAGUGGAGAGAACGGAUUGCUAACACAAGUGUUGUAUUUGUGAAUAACUUUGCCUUUGGUCCUGAGGUGGAUCACCAGCUGAAGGAGCGGUUUGCAAACAUGAAGGAAGGUGGCAGAAUCGUGUCCUCGAAGCCCUUUGCGCCUCUGAACUUCAGAAUAAACAGUAGAAACUUGAGUGACAUCGGCACCAUCAUGCGCGUCGUGGAGCUGUCACCGCUAAAAGGCUCGGUGUCGUGGACGGGGAAGCCAGUCUCCUACUACCUGCACACCAUCGACCGCACCAUACUUGAAAACUAUUUUUCUAGUCUAAAAAAUCCAAAACUCAGGGAGGAACAAGAGGCAGCUCGGCGCCGGCAGCAGCGGGAGAACAAGAGCAACACAACCACGCCCACCAAGGUGCCCGAGAGCAAGGCAGCUGUGCCCGCGGACACCCCCGUGGACUCUGGUGCUGAGGAGGAGAAAGCUGGGACGGCCGCUGUCAAGAAGCCAUCUCCCUCCAAGGCCCGGAAGAAGAAGCUGAACAAGAAGGGCCGGAAGAUGGCAGGUCGGAAGCGCGGGCGCCCCAAGAAGAUGAGUGCCACCAACCCCGAGCGCAAGCCCAAGAAGACCCAGAGCGCACUGGACCUGCUGCACGCCCAGACUGUGUCACGAGCGGCCUCCCCCUUGCCGCAGGAUGCGCACAGGCCACCUCACAGCCCAUUCUACCAGCUACCUCCCAGCGUGCAGCGGCCUACCCCCGAGCAGCUGCUGCUGGCACCCACCCCGCCCGCCCUGCACAGGCUGCUAGAGUCCUUCAAGAUUCAGUACCUACAGUUCCUGGCAUACACGAAGACCCCUCAGUACAAGGCCAACCUGCAGCAGCUCCUGGACCAGGAGAAGGAGAAGAAUGCCCGGUUGCUAGGCGCAGCACAGCAGCUGUUCGGCCACUGCCAAGCUCAGAAGGAGGAGAUCAAGAGGCUCUUCCAGCAGAAACUGGACGAGCUGGGAGUGAAGGCGCUGACCUACAACGACCUGAUCCAAGCGCAGAAGGAGAUCUCGGCUCACAACCAGCAAUUGAGGGAACAGACAGAGCAGCUGGAGAAGGGCAACCGGGAGCUGAGGAGCCAGAGCUUGAGACUGCUCAAGGCACGGUGUGAGGAGCUGAAGCUGGACUGGUCCACGCUGUCCUUGGAGAAUCUGCUGAAGGAGAAGCAGGCCUUGAAGAGCCAGAUCUCAGAGAAGCAGAGGCACUGCCUGGAGCUGCAGAUCAGCAUUGUGGAGCUGGAGAAGAGCCAACGGCAGCAGGAGUUGCUGCAGCUCAAGUCCUGCGUGCCGCCUGACGAGGCGCUGACCCUGCAGCUUCGUGGAAAGCCAGAGGCCGAGCCUGGCCGGCUGCACUUAGAGCUGGACUGCGCCCGCUUCUCCCUGCCACCCUUCAGCAGCUUGAGCCCCGAGCUCUCCAUGAAUGGCCACGCAGCCGGCUAUGAGCUCUGCAGCGCACUGGGUCGGCCCUCGCCCAAGCAGAACACCCCCCAGUACCUGGCCUCCCCGCUAGACCAGGAGGUCGUGCCCUGCACCCCCAGCCACAGUGGCCGGCCACGGCUGGAGAAGCUGUCUGGGCUGGCCCUGCCUGACUACACCAGGCUAUCCCCUGCCAAGCUGGUGCUGCGGCGCCAUCUGAGCCAGGACCACGCGGCCAGCGGCAAGGCAGCUGCCAGUGAGCUGCACCCACGAGCCGAGCAUGCCAAGGAGAACGGGCUCCCUUACCAGAGCCCUGGCAUCACCAAUGGCAUCAAGCUGAGCCCACAAGACCCCCGACCUUCAUCCCCCACGGCUUUACAGAUGGGAGAGAAGGGUCCUGAGAAGGGUGUGAAGGAGCGUGCCUACGCCAGCAGUGGGGAGGCCAUCACCAGCCUGCCCGUCAGCAUCCCGCUGAGCACCGUGCAGCCCAGCAAGCUGCCCGUCAGCAUCCCCCUGGCCAGCGUGGUGCUGCCCAGCCGCGCCGAGAAGGCGAGAAGCACACCCAGCCCUGGGCCGCCGGCCCGAGAGUCGUCAUCCACGCUGGAGAAGCAGGUGGCUGCUAACACCCAUGGUACCGGGGGCAACGCUUCCGGGAGCAAGAGCCUCGCCCUGGCUCCCACAGGCUUUGCAUACACCGGCUCGGUGGCCAUCAGCGGGGCCCUGGCGGGCAGCCCGGCACCCCUCGGCCCUGGAGCCGAGCCCCCAGCCCUGGACGAGUCCUCCAGCUCUGGAAGCCUCUUUGCCACCGUGGGGUCCCGCAGCUCCACCCCGCAGCACCCGCCCCUGCUGACGCAGCCACGUGCCUGCGGCUCGGCCUCGCCGGCCCCCCAGCUCUCUGCCAGCCCCCGGCUAGGCGCCCUGGGCCCGCUCCCUGACUCUGGCAAAGGGGACCUGCCCUGCGAGGCCAGCUUCUCAGACCCUGAGAGCGAAGCCAAGAGGAGGAUCGUCUUCACCAUCUCUGCAGGCGCCAGCAGCGCCAAGCAGUCACCUUCCAGCAAACAUAGCCCUCUGCCUUCGGGUGCCCGCGGGGACGGUGGCCAGGGCCAUGGGCCAGACAGCCGCAAGCGGGGCCGGAGGAAGCGGGCAUCAGCGGGGACCCCCAGCCUGAGCUCGAGUGUGUCCCCCAAGCGCCGGGCCUUGCCAUCUGUUGCUGGGCUUUUCACGCAGUCUUCAGGGUCCCCCCUGAACCUCAACUCCAUGGUCAGCAACAUCAACCAGCCCCUGGAGAUCACAGCCAUCUCGUCCCCUGAGAGCUCCCUAAAGAGCUCACCCGUCCCCUACCAGGACAACGACCAACCACCCGUGCUCAAGAAGGAGAAGCCCCUGAGCCAGACCAAUGGCGCCCACUACUCCCCGCUGACCUCGGACGAGGAGCCAGGCUCUGAGGAUGAGCCUGGCAGUGCCAGAAUUGAAAGAAAAAUUGCAACAAUCUCCUUAGAAAGCAAGUCUCCACCAAAAACCUUGGAAAAUGGUGGUAGCCUAACGGGAAGGAAGGCACCGCUGGCCAGCGAGCCGGUCAACAGCAGCAAGUGGAAGUCUACCUUCUCGCCCAUCUCCGACCUGGGCCUGGCCAAGGCAGCCGACAGCCCGCUGCAGGCUGCCUCCGCUCUGAGCCACAACUCCCUGUUCGCUUUCCGGCCCGGCCUGGAGGAGCCCAGCGCGGCCGAUGCCAAGCUGGCCACCCACUCCAGGAAGAGCUUCCCGGGCACACUGCCGGGGGCGGGCGGGCUGAGCCCCAGUAGCCUUCCUGCCAGCGGCUUCGCCCUGGGCGGGGGCCUAGCAGCUGACCUCAGUUUACACAGCUUCAGUGAUGGUGCUUCUCUCUCCCACAAGGCCCCCGAGGCAGCUGGCCUGGGUGCCCCCCUGAGCUUCCCCGGCCCACGGGGCAAGGAGGGUGGCGCCGCAGAGUCUGGCCCCUUUGCGAACAAGCGGCAGCUGGACGGACUGGGCCCGAAAGGCGAGGGGGCCCUUCCCACAUGCGGACCCCCAGACAAGGCCUCAGCAGUGCAUAGCAAGGCCGGCAAGGGUCGUGAGCGCGAGCCCGACGUCAAGAACGGCCACAACCUGUUCAUGGCUGCCGCCGCCGCACCCCCUGCAGGCCUCCUCAGUGGCCCAGGUCUUACCCCAGCGGCAUCCUCGGCAGGUGGCGCAGCCCCGUCCGUGCAGACCCACCGCCCCUUCCUGGGCACCUUUACCCCCGGGCCACAGUUCGCGCUGGGCCCCAUGUCGCUACAGGCCAACUUGGGCCCGUCUGUGCUGCAGUCCCUGUUCAGUUCCGUGCCCGCCGCCGGCCUGGUUCACGUCUCGACCGCCGCCACCAGACUGACCAACUCGCACGCCAUGGGCAGCUUCUCCUCCGGGGUGGCCGGCGGCGCAGUUGGAGGUGUCUUUAACCACGCGGUGCCUCCCGCCUCCGCCCAUCCGUUUGGAGCCAGUUUCGGCAGUGGGGCUGCAUGUCGCAGCACCACGCUGAGCUUAACCCCGCCGCAGGCGGUGGCCAGCAUCCCGGCCUCUUCCUUUCAGGCCCCGUCCUCUGCGGAGCCGAGGCCGCCCCCACCCCCUCCGCACCUGGGCCGGCCCCCUCCGGGGCAGCCCGCCCUCCAUUCACCCCCCCAUCCUAACGCCACCUUACCUUCUCCCCUUGCGCUGCUCCCAGCUAACUCUGAGCCCGUGCUUCUGCAGAACCUCGCAUCCCUCCCUGCUAACCAAGCUUUCUUACCCGCCUCUUCUGCUGCCUCUCUGCCGCCUGCUAACGCCUCUCUGUCCAUCAAGCUCGCCUCCCUCCCGCACAAGGUGUCCCGCCCUUCCUUGAUGGUGCACCACCAGCCCCUGCCUGGGCUGGCCCUGGCCCAGGCCACACCCGCGAACCCACAGGCCAGCUCCACGGGGCCGCCCGCCGUGUGGGUUUCCCUUGGCAUGCCGCCUCCGUGUGCCGCGCGCCUUGCGGGGGUUAAGCCGCGAUAA